AUGCCUAUUAUUUCACCCAUCAAGACCAUCGUUCAGGGUGCAGCCACUGGGGAGAUCCUCAGCUCCACAGAACCCCUCAGCUUCUGGGGCGGCGUGUGUCAGAAAACAGGCGAGGUGACCGAUACCCAGCACCCGCUGCAUGGCGAGAACAUCAAGGAUCGCAUUCUGGUGUUGCCGUCGACCUCUGGCUCACCUAACGGAAGCUUGGUAAUCCUCGAAUUACUCAUCAACAGCGCCGCACCCGCCGGCUUGGUCUUCUUGAACGAGGAGGAGAUCGUUACGACAGGCGUGAUCAUAGCCCAGACGCUCCUCGGCCGGUCGAUCCCCGUUUUUCGAGUCAACGAGUCGCAAUUCAAUAACAUAACCCACCACACACAUCUUGCUACGGCUGCGAGGGGUUUGGUCGCUGAUGUCGCCCCAUUCCCGCCGUCGGACGCGGUGCCCCCGAACAGAUCCGACCCUGACACACAAACUCAGAACGGAAACAACGUCCGGCUUUCCUACCGGGACAGAGGCAUCCUCAAUGGAGACUAUAGCAUUGCCGCGGCCCAUGCAAUGAACAUCCUCAUCCAGUAUGCGCGUCUCCGGGGCAUGCGCGAGCUUGUUUCGACUUACCGCACACAUAUCGACUCAUGCAUCUAUACCGGUCCGGCAAGCCUGCUGCUCGCAAGAACGCUUCUUGAUCAGGGCGCAGAUUUUGCCGUCUCCACCACGCUGUCAUCGACCUUUGAUGAGCAGCGCUGCUUGCGCGAGCUGGGAGUUGACACAAAUGUGGCGCUAGAGGCGGAUGGCCUCGUGGACGUGUACGUUGCCAUGGGUGGCAGGGCAUCGAAGGACUUCCGCGGCACCUCCCAGUUCGGAGGGCCCGGUGGAGUUGUGUACAGAAACAGUUUUGAUCGAGGUCGGACACAAAGGUAUCCGGCUCUGAUUGACAUCUGCAUUGCCCUCACCGGAAGAAGGCCGGUGGCUGAAGUGGUCGAGACGGCAGGGCCCAAUCCUUCCCUGUGCAUUGACGUUAGGAUCGAAUCGGUGAUCGAGCUUACAAAUGCACUGUACCCAUUGCUCGGGUAUGCAAUCGGUAAGGUCGCUGCAGACCAAAUCCCUCUGAUAACUGGGUUGGAGACAACCACGCCGACAACCACCGAUCUGCAAGCGUUCAGCGCAGCUUUUGCAACAACAUCAUCCGCACCGCAGUUCUACCUUGCCGGCCAUUCGGAUAAUGCAGCGCAGUCCUCUCCGGCAGACCUCAGGCGAGUUCGACUCGGCGCAGACAAGCUGGUUUCUGCCCUUGACGAAUUCACGACCGCAACAGACGCCACCGUCGGGCUCGUCUCGCUUGGGAACCCCAAUUUUACGGCCAAAGAGUUUCGUCGGUUUUCGCAAAUCUGUGCCGGUCGCCAUAAAGCGGACUCGGUUGAGAUGAUCAUCACCACUAGCCCGCGGGCGUACGCUGAGGCCAGCGCAUCGAGGACUCUCCAGGCGGUUGAGGCUUUCGGAGCCAAGGUCUACACUGAUCCUUGCUGGAGCAUGAGGGCGGAAUCCGCAAUCGACCCUGCUGCCGGCAACAUCAUGACCAACUGCGCCAAGUACGCGCUCUGUGCGCCGGGGAUGGCGCGUCGCGGGGUGCACUAUGGCUCGUUGAGACACUGUAUUAACGCGGCGGAGACGGGGAGGGUGGCCAGUGGCUUGCGUGAGAGACUAUUGGGCUUGCAAUGCGAGCAGUAG